ACAGAAGAAAAUAUCAAAUGUAAUUAGAGUAAACAUGGGAAAAUUUGGAAUAGUCCUAGCAGUAUUAACAUUGGGGUGCUUGAUUGCAACAACAAUUGCAGAACAAUGUGGUAGACAAGCUGGAGGAGUAACAUGUCCAAACAACCUUUGCUGCAGCCAAUACGGUUACUGUGGUAACACUGAUGAUUACUGUUCACCUUCUAAGAACUGUCAAAGCAACUGUCAAGGUGGUGGUGGUGGUGGCGGAGGUGGUGGUGAAAGUGCUUCUAAUGUUCGUGCAACUUAUCAUUAUUAUCAACCGGAGCAACAUGGAUGGGACUUAAACGCUGUCAGUGCUUAUUGCUCAACUUGGGAUGCAGGGAAGCCUUACUCUUGGCGUAGUAAAUAUGGUUGGACUGCUUUUUGUGGCCCUGUUGGACCUCGUGGUCAAGCUUCUUGCGGAAAGUGUCUCCGAGUGACAAAUACAGGGACAGGAGCACAGGAAACAGUGAGAAUUGUAGAUCAAUGCAGCAAUGGAGGGUUGGAUUUGGAUGUUGGAGUGUUUAACAGAAUUGACACAGAUGGCAGAGGAUACCAACAAGGACAUCUCAUUGUAAACUAUCAGUUUGUGGAUUGUGGAAAUGAGCUAGACAUGAUCAACCCUUUGUUCUCCAUCCUUGAUGUCAAACAAUAAUCUGAUCCAAGAUGUUUUCUUUGCCUAUGUAUUGAAGUAAUCAAUAAAUGGAUCUGUUUUGUUUGUAUCAGAGUUAGUUUGAUACUUGAGUCUUUCUGUUUUGAAAGACAAGUAUUCAAGUGUUUUGAAUAAAACUAUGCUUAUGGAUUUAUUGAUUAUCCUUAAGAUACAUGAAAAUUUGAAUAA